AUGGAACCGAUGCGCCCUGCGCUGGCGACACUGCGGCUGGCAGCACCCCGACAGGCCUACCGUCCCUUCUACCAAUGUCUGCACACGACGGCGGCUCGAUGCGCCACGCCUCUGCCGCACCCUUCAGUACCUGGGCCGCCGCCCGAGACGCCAACGCCGGCCGCCACGGAUGCAUUGGACAGGGUGGCCAGGAAGAGGAGGCAGGCGGGCAUGCUGCAGCAGGCGCAGGAGGCGCGGACAUCGUCCAAGACUACUACCAUCUUCAAGAAGCGCUUCUGGAAGGAUGUCACGGUGAAGGAGGCUGAUGACGGCUUCCAUGUCUAUCUCGACAGCAGACCUGUGCGCACUCCCGACAAAGAGAUCCUCACCGUCCCCUUCUCGAAGCCUCAGCUCGCCACAGCCAUUGCCCUCGAGUGGGACCUCCUGCUGAGCGCACAGCAGGCGCUCAAGACGCACUACAUACCCAUGACGUCCAUUGCCGCCCGUGCAACCGACAUUGAGGCCGCAGAUGCGAGUGGGAACGAGCGCAUACGCAACGACAUUGUCAAGAUGCUGCUCGAAUACCUUGCCACGGACACGAUGCUGUGCUGGGCGCCCGAGAAGGUUCUGAACGAGUCUCUGCGUGAUGGCAAGACACUGCGCAAUCUCCAGGAGGAGGCAGCCAUGAAGAUCAUCGCCUACCUGACCACGCACGUGUGGCCAGGCGUCCAAAUCAAGCCCACCCUCGACGACAGCAUCGUGCCCAUGUCGCAGCCCGAGAUGACAACCGAGGUGAUCCACGGCUGGUGUAUGGGACUCCCUGCGUAUGAACUUGCUGGGCUGGAGCGUGCGGUGCUCGCAUCGAAGAGUCUGUUAGUCGGGGUGCGCCUGAUUCACGAAUGGGGCGAGGCUUUUGCAAACACGCGCAAGACUUCCAACGGGCGUCGGUUUGGUAUCGAGGAGGCGGCUGAGGCGUCGACUCUAGAGGUGCGAUGGCAGACGGGACAGUGGGGGGAGGUGGAGGAUACACACGACGUUGAGAAGGAGGACCUGCGACGACAACUGGGGAGUGCCAUCAUUCUGGUGGGCGGAGAUUCGUCAUGA